UCGUUGCGGCUGGUUGUGUGUGGUGAGGCGCGAGUGAUGUCGCAGCAUGUUCGGUGCGCGUGCCUUGUUGUGGUGUUUGUGCUUCGUCGUAGCUGGGGCUGUUGUUAGCGUGGCUGGAGCCCGCGGUCACAGGCUCCAUCACAUUGUGCCUGCCCGACACAAACACUCAGAAUUCGUGAAAGGAAAGAUAUGCAUUGGAACCAAUGGACGAAUGUCAGUGCCAUCGAAUCGAGAUACACAUUACAGAAACCUACGAGAUAGAUUCACGAACUGCACCUACGUCGAUGGUAAUCUUGAGCUGACGUGGCUACAAAAUGAAACUAUGGAUUUAUCGUUCCUUCAGCAUAUCAGAGAAGUUACUGGAUAUGUUCUUAUUGCCUACGUACAGGUAACACACAUUGUUCUUCCUCAGUUGCAAAUAAUCAGAGGAAGGACCUUGUUCAAACUAAAAGUCAGAGAGGAAGAAUUCGCUCUUUUAGUAACUAUGUCUUCAGCAUUCACGCUAGAACUACCUGCGUUACGAGAUGUUCUACGAGGAAGUGUAGGCAUUUACAACAACUAUAAUUUAUGCCAUGUUAAAACAAUAAAUUGGGAUGAAAUAAUAACAGGAGUGAACGCAACAUAUGUAUUUGUUUACUCAUUUAAAGUGCCUGAAAGGGAAUGUCCUCCUUGCCAUUUAAGUUGUGAAGCAGGAUGUUGGGGAGAUGGACCUCAUAACUGUCAAAAGUUUUCCAAAACGAAUUGCAGUCCUCAAUGUGCCCAAGGGCGAUGUUUUGGGCCUAAUCCACGUGAUUGUUGUAAUACAUUUUGUGCUGGAGGGUGUACCGGGCCGCUACCCAGUCAAUGUUUAGCUUGUCGGAAUUUUUAUGAUGAAGGGACAUGUUCCCAAGAAUGUCCUCCAAUGCAAAAAUACAAUCCAACAACUUAUUCUUGGGAACCUAAUCCUAACGGAAAAUAUGCAUAUGGCGCUACGUGCGUUAGAAAUUGUCCAGAACAUCUUUUGAAAGAUAAUGGAGCAUGUGUACGAAGCUGUCCCCAGAAUAAAACACCUGUAAAUGGUGAAUGUAUUCCUUGUAAUGUUGCAUGUCCAAAGACAUGUAGAGCGGAAAGACCAAUACACUCUGGUAACAUUGAAAGCUUCAAAGAUUGCACUAUAAUAGAUGGAUCAAUAGAAAUCCUUGAAAUGACCUUUACUGGUUUUCAACAUAUCAACCCAGAUUAUUCUUUUGGAGAACGCUAUGCGAAAAUGGAACCAGAUGCCCUAGAAAUUUUCAGUACAGUACGUGAAGUAACUGGUUAUCUGAAUGUCCAAGGGCAACAUCCGAAUUUCACAAGUCUUUCAUACUUCCGAAACCUUGAGGUAAUAGGAGGUCGUCAAGUUGUGGAAAAUCUCUUCGCAUCUCUUUAUAUUGUCAAGACAUCCUUGAAAUCACUGGGCUUAAGGUCCCUAAAAAGAGUAAAUUCUGGAGCAAUUGCUAUUAUGGAAAAUAGAAAUCUCUGCUUCGCCGAUAAAAUAGCAUGGAACAAACUCAGUAAAUCAAAAGAUCACAAACAAAUAAUCCAGAAAAAUGGUGAUCUACGCAGCUGUGAAAAAAGUAAUUUGGUGUGUGAUCCCCAAUGUUCAUCGGACGGUUGUUGGGGUCCAGGACCUGAUCUGUGUCUUUCCUGUGAAAAUUACAAAUUUGAAGAUAAAUGUAUUCAAAAUUGCAGCGUUCAUACUGGACUUUAUAAAUCUGGAACCAAAAUAUGCAGACAAUGUCAUGCGGAAUGCUUAGAUGGAUGCAGUGGACCAAGUCGAGCGAAUUGUACACGUUGCAAGCACGUGCGAGAUGGACCUUACUGCGUAGCAGAAUGUCCAGAUUCCAGAUACCUUUCUGCAAAUGGAACUUGUCAACCAUGUCACAGAAAUUGCUUAAAUGGUUGUACAGGACCCGAAAAUACUGUUGGGAGUGGUGGAUGUAAUUCAUGUAAGAAAGCAAUCAUUAGUGUCGAAGCCACUGUUGAAAGUUGCUUAGAAGAAAACGAGCCAUGUCCUGAUGGAUAUUAUAAUGAAUGGGUAGGGAACGUUAAGCCAUUGGAAGGGAAAGUUAAAGUUGUGUGCAGGAAAUGUCACCCAUUAUGUAAAAAAUGCACUGGUUUUGGAAUACAUGAGCAAGUUUGUCAAGUAUGUAAUGGGUUUAAACGCGGUGACCAAUGUGAAGAUGAGUGCCCUGCUGAUCAUUUCACUGAUGAAUUAAGCAGGAUCUGUACGCCUUGCCAUCAUGAAUGUCGUGGCUGCACAGGACUCUUGCCCACAGAUUGCAUAAAAUGUCAAAAUCUGAAGAUUUUUUUAACUGAUUCACAUACUGGACCAUUCAAUUGUACUAACUCUUGUCCAGAAGAUAUACCGCACAAAAUAUAUUUUGAUGAACUCCUACAAAAUCCCAUUGCCGAACCAUAUUGUUCGGCUUUGGCUAAUGGCCCACCUGCAAUGUCGACUGCGAAAAUACCAACCGUACUUGUUAUCACAUUAGUACUGGCAUUUAUGCUACUUGUUAUUCUUGGUAUUAUCGGUUACACAUUUAGACAAAAAGCCAAAGCUAAGAAAGAAGCUGUUAAAAUGACAAAAGUUUUAACAGGAUGUGAAGAUAAUGAACCAUUGCGGCCUACAAAUGUAAAACCUAACUUAGCCAAACUUCGAAUUGUUAAGGAAGCGGAACUCCGAAGGGGAGGAAUGCUUGGUUUUGGAGCAUUUGGAAAAGUAUAUAAAGGUGUAUGGGUACCUGAGGGUGAAAAUAUGAAAAUUCCUGUUGCAAUCAAAGUUUUAAAGGAAGGAACAGGAGCAAAUACAAGCAAAGAAUUUUUAGAAGAAGCCUAUAUAAUGGCUAGUGUUGAGCAUCCGAACCUAUUGCAGCUCCUAGCAGUUUGUAUGACGAAUCAAAUGAUGCUUAUUACUCAAUUAAUGCCAUUAGGUUGCCUACUCGAUUAUGUCAGGACCCAUAAAGAGAAAAUUGGAUCAAAGGCAUUCCUUAAUUGGUGCACACAAAUAGCAAGAGGUAUGGCUUACCUGGAAGAAAAAAGAUUGGUCCACAGAGAUUUAGCUGCACGGAAUGUUUUAGUUCAAACACCGAAUUGCGUCAAAAUAACAGACUUUGGCUUAGCUAAGCUGUUAGAUAUCAAUGAAGAUGAAUACAAGGCUGCUGGAGGCAAAAUGCCAAUAAAGUGGUUAGCAUUAGAAUGUGUACAGCAUAGAAUAUUUACACACAAAAGUGAUGUGUGGGCAUUUGGAGUAACUAUAUGGGAAAUUCUGAGCUAUGGUGCAAGGCCUUAUGCAAAUAUUUCAGCCCGAAAUGUUCCUGAACUAAUUGAAAAUGGUUUGAAACUUCCACAACCUGCUAUAUGUACCCUUGAUAUUUAUUGCAUGAUGGUAUCUUGUUGGAUGUUAGAUGCUGACAGCAGACCGACUUUCAAGCAAUUAGCAGAUACUUUUGCUGAUAUGGCACGAGACCCAGGUCGAUAUCUUGUUAUUCCAGGAGACAAAUUUAUGCGACUUCCUUCCUAUUCUACUCAGGAUGAAAAGGAACUUAUGACAAACUUGUCAACGGCAAUUGAGGGCCCGGAGCCACUCGUCGAAGCAGAAGAAUAUCUACAACCAAAAUUCAAAACAUUACCAAGUACUGCAACAACAGUGGGAAUUGAAACUCAUACUGGAUCACUAAAACCAGGUGCUUCAUCGUCAUGGGCAAAUACUGUUACUAGUCCAGACAGUGAAGCAGCAGAGGGGACAAGUAAACCAGAAACGUGGGAUCAAGAUUUGUUACGGUAUAACAACUCAAAUAAUUCUGACGGGUCAGAAUUACGACAUUAUUAUAAUAAUGGGGUGUUUGCGUCAGAAAGCUCAAGCUCCAGGUAUUGUAGUGAUCCUAUGAAAUCAAAACCUGAUGACGAAAAUAAUUUUGAUACCAUGUCAAAAACAAAAGAGGCACAAGUAGGAAAUCUUAAGUUGAAUCUUCCUUUAGACGAGGAUGAUUAUUUGAUGCCAUCGCCACAACAUACACAAAAUGCUUCAUCAUAUAUGGAUUUAAUAGGCGAAGGUGGUGAAGGAGGAGACGUAAAAAAUUUGUGUUAUAGCAAUUUUGUUGCAUCUAAAAGAUGUGUGGAUAAUCCAGAGUACUUAAUGUCUGAUCAAAAUGUGCCCCCCCAGACUAUUGGGAUACCAACCGAUCCAGUGGCGAUGGAAUCUUUAUCUACCAGCGAAGGUAGCGGCAACGACUCAACUACACAAGAACCAACUGCAAGUAAAUAUCUUCCCCAAAGAUCUGUUGAAGAAGAAUCUAUGUCUGAUCACGAAUAUUACAAUGACCUGCAACGGGAAUUGCAGCCACUGCGACGAAACGAGACGACUGUUUAGAAAACUUUGUAAGGCCUACGUGUUAUAAGAGACUGAUCUCCGACGAUUUUGAGUUUUACAAAAUGCGCUCAUGCGCUAUUCGUGCCAUUUGAGUGAUGGCUAGUGUUAGAUUGUUGAAAAACAUGAAAUGAAUUUUAUUUUAUUUCUUAUAGGAUUUGUUAUUUUCUCCUACUUAAUUUUGUAUAAAUCUGUUAUGAAAUUUGUAAUUUUGUAUAAAAUUUUAUUUUGUAUUUUUAGUUAGUUUUAGAUAUAAACAAGACAAAAUAUAAGUUAUUUAUUAAUUUUAAAUUAAGGAAGGCUAUGUUAACGUAUCCGAAAUGAUUAGUUCUUAAUAAACAUUAUUUUAAUUUUAAACUGUGAUAAUUAGAAUAAAUUUUAUUCGUACUACUAGUACUCGUACGAAUAAAGUUAGUUUUAAAGAAAAAUUAUAUGAAAGAAGCAAACAAAAGACAUUGCCAUUUAAUAUUAACCCAUAAAUUUAAUUUUACGAAUAUAGAUACCGCUUUUUCGAUAAUUAUUUGCAUUCAGGUACUUAUUAUUUUAAUUUAUUACAUAUUAAAACAACUUCAUGAAUCAUGAAUUAACACACAUUCAAAAUGGCAAUGAAAUGGACAAACACAAAACUGCCAAUACAUUUGUGAUGUAAUAAAUUAUUGAGUUGAUUAUUGUUUUCCUCUUUAGAUUUACCUUUACACACUUACUUAAGUAUACGUUAAAUUUUAGAUUCGUUUCUCAUAUUUAAUGAAUAAUAUACUUAACAUACCAGCUGUUAAUGUUUAUUUGUCAUUUAUUUUUUCUGAAUAUAGUUUAGUUAACACGAAUUUACUUACAACAAAGGGACACUAAUUUAUAAAUUAAGCACUGUCAAAAGCACAAAGCUCGUUCCGGACUUACGAAUAUUGAAUAUAGGUUUAAAUUCUUUUAUAUUUUAUAUUAUAACAUAUAAGUUUUGCUAGGUUUUAUGAAAUCAAACCUUAUUUGCCAUGCAACUUGUAAAUAAUUGAUGGAUUAUCGGUUUAUGUACAUAUAUAUAUAUAACUGCAAUUUCAUUGGAGUUGUGUAAAAAUACCCCAAUCGGAAGCCUGUAUCUUAAUCCUGUGCCAUUAUUGAUACAUGUAUAUUGUUAUCCGUAGUUAUAUAUUUUAAAAGUGUAUUGUCUUGCCCACUUACAUUAUGACUUUGAGUCAGUUCAGAAAAAAAACAAUCACAAGUAUGUAAUUGUUUUACCGCUAAUUGUAGCUAUCGAUUUACUAUAUAUAAAAAAAAAUCUUGCGCAUAAUUUUAUAAAUGGCGUGUACUAUAUAUUACUUGUUGUUAUCAUUAUAUUGUAAAUACAUUUGAAAAAGUGAGUGUGGGUAAAUAUAUACCGAAAAAUAAUA